GAGCGCACUAGAGCCCUGGCCAGCGCACAGUCUCACUCGGCGCCGGCAAGCUGGGUCUUGGGGAUUCUGGUUUGCUUUGGCUCACUCGCUUUUACAAACUACUGGAUCUUACAUGCCUCUGUACCCCCCACUUCCACUCCAUGUCCCCAUGCUCCUGCGCCAGCAACAGGACAUGUACCCUGGAUGUCAGCUGAGUUACUAAGGUAGUGCUGCAUGUCAGUAGACAGACCUUGGUAGAACCUCAAGGCUCCCGGAGACCCCCAUCUCUCCUUGUUUUUUUGUGUGUGUGUCCUCACUGAACAUUCAAAACUGUUUCUCCAAAGGGUUUUGCAAAAACUCAGACUGUUUUCCAAAGCAGAAGCACUGGAGUCCACAGCAGAAGCGAUGGGCAGUGUGCGAACCAACCGCUACAGCAUUGUCUCUUCAGAAGAAGACGGGAUGAAGUUGGCCACCAUGGCGGUUGCAAAUGGCUUUGGGAAUGGGAAGAGUAAAGUCCACACUCGACAACAGUGCAGGAGCCGCUUUGUGAAGAAAGACGGCCACUGUAAUGUUCAGUUCAUCAAUGUGGGUGAGAAGGGACAACGGUACCUUGCAGAUAUCUUUACCACAUGUGUGGACAUUCGCUGGAGAUGGAUGCUGGUUAUCUUCUGUCUGGCUUUCGUUCUCUCGUGGCUGUUUUUUGGCUGUGUGUUUUGGUUGAUAGCUUUGCUCCAUGGGGAUCUGGAUGCAUCUAAAGAGAGCAAAGCUUGUGUGUCGGAGGUCAACAGCUUCACAGCUGCCUUCCUCUUCUCCAUCGAGACCCAGACAACCAUCGGCUAUGGCUUCAGGUGUGUCACGGACGAAUGCCCAAUUGCUGUUUUUAUGGUGGUGUUCCAGUCCAUCGUGGGCUGCAUCAUUGAUGCGUUUAUCAUUGGCGCAGUCAUGGCAAAGAUGGCAAAGCCGAAGAAGAGAAACGAGACUCUUGUCUUCAGUCACAAUGCUGUGAUCGCCAUGAGAGAUGGCAAACUGUGUUUGAUGUGGCGGGUGGGCAAUCUUCGGAAAAGCCAUUUGGUGGAAGCUCACGUGAGAGCACAGCUGCUCAAAUCCAGAAUUACUUCCGAAGGGGAGUACAUCCCCCUGGAUCAAAUAGAUAUCAACGUUGGGUUUGACAGUGGAAUUGAUCGCAUAUUUCUGGUGUCCCCCAUCACUAUAGUCCAUGAAAUAGAUGAAGAUAGUCCUUUAUAUGAUUUGAGUAAACAGGACAUUGACAAUGCAGACUUUGAAAUUGUUGUGAUACUGGAAGGCAUGGUGGAAGCCACGGCCAUGACAACACAGUGUCGUAGCUCAUAUCUGGCCAAUGAAAUCCUUUGGGGCCACCGCUAUGAGCCUGUACUCUUUGAAGAGAAGCACUAUUACAAAGUGGACUACUCAAGGUUCCACAAGACUUAUGAAGUGCCCAACACUCCCCUUUGUAGUGCCAGAGACUUAGCAGAAAAGAAAUAUAUCCUCUCAAAUGCUAAUUCAUUUUGCUAUGAAAACGAAGUUGCCCUCACAAGCAAAGAGGAAGAUGACAGUGAAAACGGAGUCCCAGAAAGCACUAGUACAGACACACCCCCUGACAUAGACCUUCACAACCAGGCAAGUGUACCUCUAGAGCCCAGGCCCUUACGGCGAGAGUCGGAGAUAUGACUGCUUCCUUCUCUGGAAUAUUUACUUUAAACUACAGUCUGUUGGUCAAAGGCCCAAAACAGUUAUUCAGACGACGGUACUGGUGAAGAGGUGGGUCAAGGCAAGUGGCCACAAGGGACUGAGGCUAGUACAAUGGUUUCAGAGAAAGACUGUAAGCUCGGAGAUGAACAUCAAGCACUCAACAUGCCUCCCCCUCCCCACCCUUCCCACCCCCAGCCCCGUGACCCAAUGGCACAUACAUGUUGUAGAAUAAGUUAUGGGGUCUUUAUGUAUUGUUUUGUGUUUUUACAAAACUUGAACUUGCAGGCAAGCCUUGGUUGGGUAUUUGACUAAUCCAGAAUGCUUCUCUUUAGGGAACAAGAAUGUUUUUAAUGGCAUAACAAAGGCAAGACUCUGCCUUAAUUUUUGAAAAGCUGCUAACUACAUGAACACAAAUUGUAUUUUUGUUGUUGUGUAGUUUUUCUUUCAUGUAAUUUAAAAGUCAGUGUUGAACUUUGUUGAAAGCUCAUGAUAUGUGCUUCAAAGUGGCAAGUGUUUGCCAAGAGCUGCCAAAACGAGAGCCUGAUUUUUUUGAGGCCAGUAAUUUGUUUGCUAGAAUUGAUUUUCUCUCUCUCUCUUCCUCUCUCUCUCUCUCUCUCUCUCUCUCUCUCUCUUUGGUUACAUAAGGGCAUUAUGUAACACUAGCCAAAUGGUAGCCUCUGGGUUUGUUUGUUUUGUUUUGUUUUUUUUCUUCCAUGAUGUUAAUGGGUUAUCUCAAAUUUUAAGUUAGACUACCUAAAAUAAAUACCAAAGAUAAUGCACAUUUUUGCACAGUGGAGCUUAUACUAAAAGGGAUAAAAAGCCCCGUGGCUGCCUUGAAAUCAAGAGACAGUAACUUUGAACCUCAGCAAGACCUUGAAUUGCCCUUUCCUUUUUCACCUUAUUCAGAAAAUAGAACAUCAUACACACAGAGUCUAGUAAGUGUAGUGCUUUUUCAGUUUUGUUCUUUCAUGCAACUUGUGUAUGAUAGGAGAAAGAAGAAAGGGGAAGUAAAAUUCACACAUACACAAUAUUAAAUAUCUUUUCUUUCCUGCGAGGUAGGGCUGGCCAGGCUAAUGCAUAAGGUGCGAGAUGGCGACAUGCUCUUAGAUUUUUCUGGGUUUUCCCCUGUUUGCACAUUCCAAAAUGUAUUCCUAGGUUGGAGUUUGUUGGCAUCCUCAAGGCUGAGCCGUCCAACAUGAAAGAUAAAUAAGGUUAAACCCUUGUGGCCGAAUUCGUUGCCCCAACUGUCAGGACACUUCCAGCUUGACUUUGCCUUUGAGAAGAUGCCACAGCUGGCCUCUAGGCUGGUUCUUCCGAUCGGUCUGUGUGGAGCAAGUCCCCUGGUGUCUGGGAGGCUGCAGAUGCCAAAGGAGGAGCCAGCGAGAUGUGGACCAGCCACUUCUGAUGUAGUGCAUCAGCUCAAGUAUUCAGGAGGGAGAGGAGAGUUACUUUCUUUUUUAGUGGUAGAGGGUAGGAAUGAAAAUGUCGCAGUGUUUUAGGGUCAACAAGAGCCGUAGAAAAUAUGAGGCGGCCGCAAGUAGAGGAGAUAAUGAACUACAAGGUGUACUUCUCCUUUAUAUAUGCACACCUGGGGUUGGAUCUGAGCUGAUCCUUCUAGCCUGUGGAUCCUGAGAGCAGGUUACUAAGGACACGUUUUCGAGAAGUCUCUCCUGCCUGGCUGAUCGAAACUCUUUUUAUUUUUUCCCUCUUGCUCUAACUCAAUAACGGAACUCUCUUUUUUUGGCUUAAAGUUCCUUAUGUGUGAAUUCUGGGGGGGGGGGGGUGCUGACUUUUCUUUUUAAUUGGAGUCUCAAAAUCAACUCUCUUACGGUAUGAUAUCCCUGUAUGCCAUUAAAAAACAGCUUGUUCUGAAAUCCUGUAUUUUGUAAAUUGAUGUGUGUGAUAGUCUCUGGUUCUUGAACAGCCAUCUCUGAAAGCCGUGCCUGCAAUAAUAUGACAGAUUCUGCUGUUCUCAGCCUUCAAAGUCGAUGGGUUUGAAAACUGGUGUUCUUUUCACCGAAACCAAGACAGAGAUGUCAAGCAAGUGGAUGCUAUGUUAAAUCCAAAUGUAAAGGCAGGUUUGGAAAGUUGUUUAGAGAGUUGGAGGAAUUGGGGUUGAUGGGACAAAAGGAUUGACAGAAGAGGGAACAAUUUGGCUGUUGACAGUGAGUGAAUACUGAGGGCUCCAGCUGCUGCUAUUUCGAUAUGUUGCAAA